AUGAAGACGACAGAUAUUAUUGUGCUCGUUGUCGUUUUAAUUAUCACUGUUGGAUAUUUUGCAUACAACUUCUUUUCCAGUCGGACCAAGAACGUCGAACAUGAAGCAGUUUCAUCCAACAAUGGAAUUGCUGAUAAAAUGGAAGAGGAAAAUUUGAAUGCUUUGGUACUUUUUGGUUCCCAAACUGGUACCGCCGAAGAUUUCGCUUACCGUUUUUCUACAGAAGCCAAGUCCAAGUAUAAGUUUGCCAACUCUACCGAAGACUUGGAGAACCUUGACUUUACUGACCUGGAUAAGCUUAAUACUUCUAAACUUUUGAUAUUCUUCUUAGCUACCUAUGGUGAAGGUGAACCAACUGACAAUGCAGAAAAUUUCUUGGAACUGAUUGAAAGCGAAGACACGAUUUUCUCUAGUGGAAAGGGGGCGGAAGAUCGGCCCUUAGCAAACCUCCGUUAUGUUAUUUUUGGUUUAGGAAAUCACACAUACGAACAUUACAAUGCCAUGGCUAAGCGAGUUGAUUCUGCUUUGAACGCUUUAGGAGCCCAAUGUAUUGGACCCGUAGGUUUGGGUGACGAUGCCGCCGGUUUAUUAGAAGAGGACUAUUUGCAAUGGAAAGACGAAGUUUUCCCCGAAAUUGCCAAAGUAUACCAACUUCAAGAAGUACAUGAAGAAUAUAAACCCAUGUACAAUGUCAUCGAAAAGCCUGAUAUAUUCGCCGAAAGCCCAACGGUUUUCCUUGGUGAGUCUAGUCGCCAGCAGCUCAAGGGAAUAGUUUCACAAGCACCUAAUUCCCCAGCAAAUCCUUUUCAUUCCACUCCUGUUAAUUCUCGUGAGUUAUUCAGAAACGAUACCCGUAAUUGCCUCCAUAUGGAAUUGGAUAUCGCUGGUUCAAACAUGAAAUAUCAAACAGGUGAUUACGUUUCAAUUUGUCCUAUGAACCCAUCUCAAGCUGUGGAUGACCUUUUGGACAUUCUUGGUUUGAAAGAUAAAAGGAACAUGGUGGUCAUUGUGAAACCUUUCAAUCCUAUGGAUAAGUUACCUAUUUUAAGCCCUACUACUUAUGAUAGCGUAUUUCGCUAUUAUUUUGAAAUUUGUGGUAUCGUUUCCCGCCAAUUGAUCUUUUUAAUUGCUCCUUUUGCUCCCACAGAGGAAGCCAAGAAGGAACUGACUAAGCUUGGAAGCGACAAGGACUCCUUCAAAGCAAAUGUUGCUGACAUGCAUUUAAACUUAGCACAAGUACUUCGUCGCGUAUCUUUUGGUGUCCCUUAUACCAAAGUUCCAAUCUCUUUGCUUUUGGAAAACCUCGGUCAUUUAAAACCCAGGUAUUAUUCCAUUUCAUCGAGUAAUUUGGCUCACCCUGAUAAGGUCCAUGUAACAGCCGUGGUUGACAAAAAAGAAUGGGUUGAUCAGAAUCAUAUUUUUUAUGGUUUGACUACGAAUUAUCUACUUGCGCAUUGUCGUCAUCAACAUGGAGAACCAGCUCCUCACCCUAAUGGGUUGCAAUACUCCUUGGAAGGUCCUCGGCAAAGAUUGUCUGGUAGGAUUCCGAUGUUUAUCAAGAGGUCUACAUUUCAUUUAGCACCUCCUGAAGUCCCUAUCAUCAUGGUAGGACCAGGCACAGGUAUUGCUCCCUUCCGUGGUUUUGUCAUGGAACGUGCGCAUUUGGCUGCUCAGGGCGUGCAGGUUGCCAAAACAGUUUUGUUUUAUGGGUGUCGAAGAUCGGAUACAGACUUCUUGUACAAAGAAGAAUGGGACACAUAUGCAAAAUCAUUGAAAGACUCAUUUGAAUUACACACUGCAUUUUCCCGUGAACGAGACCAGAAGGUGUAUGUCCAGCAUCUACUUCUUCAACAAUCUUCGCUUGUUAAUGAAUUAAUAGCCGCUGGUGCCUGGUUUUACAUUUGUGGUGAUGCCGAACAUAUGGCUAAGGACGUUACCAGUGCUCUAGCUACGAUACUUACCACUGUGAAAGAGGACGGCGCUAAGCGCAUCAAAAGUCUUCGUGAUGAAAAUCGGUUUUUCGAAGACACUUGGUAA